AUGCCUUCCGUAGACCGCACGCAGGAACUGAAAGAUAUUCUGAAGGAGAAGGGGCCCAUUUCUCCUGACCCAAAGCUACGCAAGUCAAAGCAUGCUCCACAGGGCUCUCCAGACAACGCAGUGAGCAAGGAAUACGUGAAAGAGGGAUAUGUUAUUCUCGGACACAUCAACACCCUUCUGCGAAUGCUCGCGAACGUACGGAAGCCUUACCUUAACAUGGACACCCGCGCCAUGUCUCUCGGCAGGUCCAGCCCCCGUAUACUUGACCUGAGCGGGUCAGAACCAGACCAGCUACUGUCUGGAGUGCGGUACUUAACGAACGAGGAGCGGGACCAAAUUGACCUCCAGGCCCGAGUUAUCCUCACCCGGUGUGCAGACCGAGUAAAGGAAAUGGAAGCCCUCGAAAGACGGCGCGUUGAACUCGUUGCCAGCCGUGUCAAUCCUCUCACGAAGCUACUUCCAUCGCGGUUGCGGCAGACCGCAGAGACGGUGUCUUCGGACUUCAUAGCCGCGCAUCACGCCAGCAUAACAUGGUACCUCAAUAGGAUGUUGACUAUGGCUGGCCAGAUACAGAAGGAGCUGCAGGAGGAGCGAAUCAAACGCCAGUCAGAGCGGACUCGGACGUUAGGUUCUGGAGCUGCGAAAGAGGCAUCGUCGCUUAGCAUGGGAGAACUCGCGUUUGUCGGCGGCCCUCGGUCAGAUGUGUCUAGUUCAUUCAAAGAGGGCGGAAGCUGGCUGGGGAAUGCCUCUUCCAGCUUGAUCGCAGCUACCAUUGGGGCCCCGUCGCCCACGGGGGAUCCGCGUUCCAACCCAACUGUUCGUCUCAGCACCCAGCUACCCCCAGAAGAAGAUGACGAGGAUGACGAAAUAGAACUCUCCGCAUCACAGAUCAUGCAGUUCGAAACCGAAAACGCCAACAUUCUACGGAACGUCCAAGAUACCCUCGAAUCAGUGCAACAGGCAGAAUCGCGCCUUGUUGAUAUCAGUGCGCUGCAGAUGGAGCUGGUUACCCAUCUGACGCGACAAACGGAAUUAACGGAUCAACUCUACGAAGACGCAAUUGCGACGACAGUAAUGGUAGACAAGGGUAAUGAACAACUGCGGGAAGCAAGGCGGAGAGCCAAAGAUAGUCGCCUAUUCAUACUUAUGUUCUUGGUUGGCGCCAGCCUGUCACUUCUGUUUUUGCAUUAUUAUUAG